UUUAACUCCAUACUUCUAAAAUGGAAGUAAAAAACAAAAACAAAAGCGAUUUUUGAAUUGAAAUUAGACAUCGCAUCAAAUCUUUGUCGUGUAGAAAUAAUCAAAAUAAAAUUACAGAUGUCUAAAUUGCUACCAAGGUAGUAAAUUACUAACUGAAGAUAUAUUAUAAAGGUUUUUGAGAGUACUUUAUUGUUUACAUUUUCUCAACCUUUUCAAAUUUUCCCCUGAAAUUAAAUAUUAUACGUCCCUUCCCGUUGUCACCUUAAAAUAUUAGAUACCUCAUGUUUUAAGCAUGAACGAAUUAAUGCUUCACGAUUUUACAGUGUUAUUUGUUGUACGAAUAAGCAGCUAAAUUUUUUGACAGAUAUAAAAUCAUCCUUAUUUGAGUAUUUUUGCUUCAUUACAUGGUUAUCUUGAGUUCUUGACUAUGCUUCAAUCAAGUUAUUUGGACUUCUUCAAACUAUUCGAUUUAGUUAAAUUAGUAAAUUUUGCAAUAAAAUUGUUCGAACUUCAGAGUUCACUAACUUUUACUUUUUACUAUAAAUAACAGCUACAUUUAAUUCAUUCUCAAAAUUUAUUGCAAAUAUUUUGGUUUUUCACCUUCCGUCAAUGGCUAGAUUUAUUCAAGCAAAUCGUAUUCAUAGUCUUAUUUAAAUUUCACGCGUCUUCUGGGAUUUCAAAAUGCAUUAUUUGUGUUUAUUUUGCUUAUUUUCACCCAAUUAACAAUACCCGUUCUUUGUCUUGGGCGAUUUUACCUUUGAGUAAACAUAGAACAACAAAAAUAAACAAAAGCACUAAUAUUUUUUCUUUCCUGGAAUUCUAGCUAAAAGAAUAUCUACCAUCGCGAAAAAUAUUUCCCAAAAUUACGAAAACGUUCAAAGGCUUUUCGACAUUUCAGUUAUCACAUUUAAACCCUUUCUUUUCUGAUUAUAAAAGGCUUCUUGGAAAAAUGGAAUACAAUCCUAUUUAUUACGUCAAUCGGUUUUUGAAAUCGUCAAACCUUGUUGUACCUAGUUAAAAGGUUUUUCUAGUAUCGUUUUAAGAACGCAUCACUUAUUUGAAACGCGAAUAACAUUUUUUUUUAUUUUAAAAUCACUUCACAAGAUAGGAAAAAAACUUGAAAUCGAAUUCUGCGCUUUAGUUUAAUUCUAUAUUCAGCCUUCAAAUUAUUUACAAUGGAAAGAGCCAUUGUGAUUUUAGUGAUUGAUUAUCCUUUACCUGAAAAGCUAAAAAAGCUCAAAAAAUAAUCGAUUAAUCCCACGCCUACUUUUUGUUGGUAAAAUAAAACAUAUUAACAUAUAUCUUUACCAUACCUCAUUAUUUCAGUAAGUCAAAACACUGACAUAAUUCUUUACUACAAUACCAUUCAUUUUACUAAUAGCAGAAAGGGAUACUAAAGAGCCGAUAUUUUAUUUCUUAUUCCAAUUUGAGGACGAAAAUGCAUUUGAGUUAUUUUAUCUUCGCUGCUACCUUCCAUCUUCUAACAAACACAGUAACAUCACGGGAUCCGCAACUGCUCAAAGUCGACGAUAUCGGCAUAACCACCGCGUCGAUCUGUUGGCUCGUCGGCUCAAACCCCAUGCUACAAGACUUCCACCUGAUCAUAAACCCACUUGAAAUAGAAUACCCCGGCGGACCUUCAGAGCCGAUGAUUUACGACGCCGCCCGGGCUCUGAAUUUGAGAGAGAAGGCCUGUUAUGAAGUUAAAGAGCUACAAGGGGGCACAGAGUAUACAGCUAGGUUGACAUGGCGUGACUCGGUCUACAAACAGCAGUAUUCGAUUAGUAAUGUCACUUUCAGAACAGAAGAGAAUCCUUGCAAUGCUUUCGGUUGCGUGUCCGGAAACUGUCAAAUGGCUAUCAAUGACGGAGGAAAAAUAGACGUGUCCUGUGUUUGCUUUCUCGGCUAUUAUGGCCAUCGAUGUGAAUUACACAACCCCUGUAUCCUCGACCCUUGCGAUGAUUUUCCUUGUUCCAACACGUCAACCAACACAUACAAUUGCAUUUGUCCGAAUGGUCGUGAAGUCGACAGCCCUGAAAAAUGUCGGCAUAUUAAACCAUGUGACGAAGAACCUUGCGGCUUGAACGGAAUUUGUAAGAAUGAAAACUCGUUUGAUUUCACGUGUCAAUGUAAUGACGGGUAUUUUGGGUCAAGGUGUGAACGAAUGAACCCAUGCAACCAAGUUAAUUGUCACAAUGGCGGGAAAUGCGUGAAUGAGACGAAUACGAAUUUCCAUUGCGACUGUGUUCAAGGUUUUAUGGGUCCUUUUUGCGACCAACGGAACCCCUGCGACCGGGAUCACAACCCUUGUCAGAACAGUGGAAAGUGCAUACCAGAUAAUUCCAAUCUACGAGGAUUCAUCUGUCAAUGCGACCCUGGAUUCUCUGGCACUCUGUGUGAAGAGAAUGACCCUUGUGCUUCUAAUCCCUGUAAGCCUUUCGAGUGUGUGCCCCAGGAUAACUCAGAGUUCAUGUGCAAAUGUCCCCCUCGCUACUAUGGAAAAGUCUGUCAACACGAGGAUUUGUGCAAGAUGGAAAACGUCUGCAAAAACGGUCUUUGCGACAUGGACGGUAAGGGGUCGUUCAAAUGCACAUGUCACGAAGGCUGGCUUGGCACUCAUUGUGAAAUAAAAGACCAAUGCAAAUCACACUCAAACCCCUGUAAACAUGGGGGCGAUUGCAGAAUGGAUGUUACAAUGGGCACUUACAGCUGUAAAUGCCCGGACAAUUCAGGUUUCUGGGGUCGCAAUUGUGAAUACUUCAACGAGUGUCGGAACAACCCGUGUAAACAUCAAGGCAUAUGCAGAAAUAUGACCUAUGGGAGAGACGGGAGAGGGGAGUACAACUGUGAGUGUAUGGGCAACUUCCAGGGAAAAGACUGUGAGGAGUGGAACCACUGCAAGACCCCUGGAUACUGCGAGUACCAAGGAGAGUGCUCCUUCGUUGGUCACAAUAACUCGGUUUGCAAAUGUCGAACUGGUUACUAUGGCAACCGGUGUGAGAACUACAACAUAUGCGAAGUGAACAACCCCUGCCAGAACAAAGGAAUCUGCCGGCCUCAAGGAGACAACGGAUACACGUGCACUUGCCUUGGAGGCUACACGGGCAAAAACUGUGAACUAUUCGAUCCAUGUCAGAUUACGCAGUGUCGAAACGGCGGUGUUUGUGUAACAACAGAUGAGAUCUUGGGCACCUUUACAUGCAACUGUCACGAACCCUUUUACGGAACCCGCUGCGAACGGGAGAAUUAUUGCAGAGGAAAAGAAUCGCUCUGUGAUAAAGAAAAAGGUUUCACGUGUCGCAAUCUGACAACCAUGCACUACGUGUGUGAACCUAUCAAUCCGAAUGUGCUCAUUGGAAUAUGUCAGCAGAACAGAGAUUGUCUACAUGGAGGAAUAUGUCUGAGUGAUGGGUCAUGUGACUGUAAGCCCCCCUACAGUGGUCGCAGGUGUGAAGUCAUUGAGCCCUGCAAGGACCCCAAUGUCUGUUCCAGUAAUGGAGAGUGUGUCCUGUCCAUAGAUGGGAAAAAUGCAGAGUGUAAGUGUGCAGUUGGCUUCUUCGGCAGCAAGUGUGAACUACAUGACCCCUGUCUGAUGAAGAGAUGCAACAAUGGGGGCAACUGUGUCCAGCUGAACCCCAAGCUAACUCCAGGAACAGACAGACUAGGAGUUCAGACUGUCUGUCACUGUCCUCUGGGAUACAAAGGAGACGAUUGUAGCGUCAUGAACAAAGAGUGCAUCAACAACGAAUGUCUAAACGGCGGUCUAUGCAUUGAAGCUAUUUCCUCCAGCGAACUAUCAAGUAUGGCUACCACAUACUUCGAGAGCGAGGGUUCUGCUACAUUUCCGAGUGCAUACACCAAGUCGACUAAAAGUUACCUUGCGAAAGAUAACUUUGUGUGUAAAUGCCCUGACAAAUACAAAGGACGAAGAUGCGAAACUUUGAGACAAUGUCUGGGCAAAACUGAGAAACUGGAAAAGGGCAAAGGAAUUAUCGAGUGGAAGUCGACUGCCAUGGGGCAAGUCUCUUUAGCCGCCUGUCCAUUUGGCAGCCAGUCUCUCUACAGUGUACAGCAGUUAGAAAAGGGGGCGGGAUUCGCCCAAAGAGACUGUAUGCUAGUUGACCGCAUGGACGGAAAAGAAGCUCAGUGGGAUGUACCUAAUACUGAUAAUUGCGAUCCGGAGCCUCAGAGUGACCAAGAGGCGGAGGCAGUUCUGGACUCAGUGCUGGUGUUGAUGAUGGAGGCAGAUCCCUGGGAACACUCACCCGAGUCCAUAGAGUAUGCAGGCACUGUGCUGAGGAACCUAGCCACCACUUAUGUAUUCAGAUCACUCACUAUGGCGAAAAAGUUCUUCCAAGUGAUUGACAGACUGUUGGACAUCCCAAGUCAGAUCAGUUUUGAAGCAGAAGUCAGAUAUGGUGCCAUUAGCAGGUUGCUCUCUGACCUGGACAUGUUCAUGGACUCUUUCAUAGUGGCCGAUCUGCCCAAUCCAGUCAUAAUAGACAACAAGAACAUCAGGGUAAUAUGGGUCACACACACUACGCUCUACAAGGAGAGUCAGAGAAAUCCACAGUUCACUUUUGCACAGCCGGAGUUCGAUCUCAAACUACAUUCCAAACUAUUUGCCAGCAAAGAGGCCAACCAGAAACACAGAAUCCAAAUAAUCCUCUUCAACCAAAACUCUCUCUUUCUCUCACAGCGAAUCUCUUCAUUCGGACAACCUGUCCCAGAAACUGAGAACUCUCCCAAGACAACUAGAAUAUUAAAUGUGAACAUCAAAGGGCGGAAUAUUGAGGCAGCCAGCAGUGAAAGUAUCCAGAUCAGUUUCCAAGUUCCUUACGAAGACAAAUUCAUAUACCAUUGCGCGUUCUGGCAGCCAAGCAAUCGCAAGUGGGAGACAGUUGGACUGGUCACUGAAGUGUUCCAGAACAGCACUGUCUGCAAAUCCACACAUCUCACCAGUUUCACUGUCCUAAAGCAACUCCACAAACCAGUUGUGAUCAGAAUGAACACUGGUAGAUUGGGAGGAGCGGCACCUCCUUCUGUGUUACCCUUUGUGGGUUGUGGAAUUGCUUGUAUUGCAUACUCACUCCUAGCAGUGACAUACGCAAUUGUCAGAAGUGCUCGUCGGAAUGUGGCCCCAGGUGUGGUUGUCCACCUAAGUGUCUCCCUUCUCCUGUUGAACAUCUCCAUGAUGUUCGCAUCAAUCAAGGACAGGAUAAACCCAUUUGACCUCUGCUCUUUAGUCUCCAUUGCCAUGCACUACUUGAUCUGCUCUUCUCUCAUGUGGUACUGCGUGGAGGGUCUGUUCCGCUUCAGAGAGACCAGUCUGGCCAACAACUCCUCCGUCUUCUACAAGUGUGCCGUCAUUGCAUGGGGAGUACCUGCAAUCAUCAGUGGUUCUUCGGUAGCCGUCAAAAUGGGACUCACUUCUAUUUCAGACACGUACUGCCGCAUCACUCCCGAACAACAAUACACGUUUUACUCCCUUCUCCUUCUGCCAACUAUAGUCUUUCUAGCUGUCGCUUCGAUUCUUUAUAUUCUGCAUAUUUUCAAAUUCGGAUCUGGAAACGCCACGAGAACUUACACCCAGUCCCAAACACUGUCCCCGAACAACGCUUCUUACUUAACAAAUACAAGCAAAGCAUCUGCGUCCCAAACCAUUUUAGUCCUUAUAACCAUGGGUGUAUUUGUAUUUAACUGGGUUAUUAACCAACUAAUUUUCGACCCAUCGCAAAUCUACAUUUUCGAUUUCGCGUUUUGUUUCGGAAACGUAAUUCAAAGCAUGUUGCUAUUCUCGACUUUGUGCUUGUUAAGCGACGACGCGCGAUACGCUUGGCAUUAUUUUUGGGCACCUUCUCAAAAUAACCCAAAACCUGUUCCGUUGGCAAAUGCCAAAUUGACCUAUUCAGAUGCUGGAACGUUGCUUAGCAACGGAAACGGGAACAAAAUUACAAUGCAUUUCGGUGCAACUUGUAAUAGCCCAUCAAUUUCCCCCAAUAGUCCGAAAAUGUCGCCAAGCCGAAACGGCAAAUACCCAAAUACGAAUGGAACUCUAACUCGAAAUCCUGUUUACUCCAAUCACGAUUCGGAUAAGUUCAACUCUAUGAAUGAUGUUCGUUCUGCAGUUGCAAAUGGCGCCGUUAUUUUUGGCGAAACUCGCGAAAUCAAGCAAGCAGUCGCGUGUUUAAACACCCAAGGAUCGUUCGGCAGUAGCGUCAGUUCGGGUUUGAAUCCCGACACGAAUUCGGAUCGAUUUCAAAGAGGCGAUCCGUAUGCUGCUAGUUACCCACAAGCUACGACACUUUUCAGAGACGACCCGAGUCCGACUUUUUCAAACCCAGAAAGAGAAAGUUAUGUCUAAAUUGUUUGACCAAGUUUCAUCAUAAAAUUGUAACCUUUAGUGUAAUUGCGAAGUGCGACCAAUUGCUUUUAUGUAAUUUCGAGUUCUGAUUUUUGAUCAAAUUUUGAAAUGUUUAAUUUUAUAAUAUUGUUCUAUAACUGAAAACUGCAAUGGGUGCUAUAAGUUCGAAAAUUUAUA